GCCAAUGAAAGUCCGGCCGAAGGAGACAUGAGGAGUUGCCCCCCAUCACUGCCACUCAUGGGGUUUAAAGUGAAGAGUCCAUGGAGCCUCCUCCUCGCCCUACUUGUUGCGGUUCCCUUUCUGGUAGUGCUGUCUAUGAAGCCAACUGGAUUAUUAGGUGUUGGCCCGGAGCCUUAUCAUUGGCCAGCAGACGUGAAGUGCCCGGGGGAUGUGCCCGAUGGGAAGAACCACUCUCCAACUGGAAGAAUCUACUUCGUGGAGACCUCGGAGAGGAUGAGCCCCAACGCUCAGUUCAUGUGCGCAGUAGAAUCGGCGGUAAGGACUCACCCCGACACCCAAGUCACGAUCCUGAUGAGGGGUCUCUACCAGCAACACCUGCCCAGACCCCCAAACCUUGCCUUUCGCCUCUUCCGGUGUUUCCCCAAUGUUGACGUGGCGCCGUUGGACUUUGAGCGGCUUUUUGCCGACACCCCCCUGAGCUCUUGGUACUCGGCCGUAGAAGGACACAAAGAGGCCACCGACUUGCCGAUACUCUCGGACGCCAGCCGGCUGGCCAUCCUCUGGAAAUACGGCGGAGUCUAUUUAGACACAGAUUUCGUGGUCUUGAAACGUUUGACGAACCUGGCGAAUUCCAUGGGGACCCAGUCGACCUACACGCUCAACGGCGCGUUCCUCUCAUUCGCCCGAGGGCACAAGUUCAUCGAACUCUGCAUGAAGGACUUCACCGACUCCUACAACUUCUGGCUCUAUGGGCACCAAGGGCCUCAGCUCUUGACUCGGGUCUUCAAGAGAUGGUGCUCCAUUCGCCGGCUGAGGGACAGGCGGAGCUGCCGUGGGGUCAGCGUCCUUCCUCAGGAGGCUUUCUAUCCCAUCGAAUGGCAGAACUGGAGGAAGUAUUUUGAGCUGAUCAGCCCUUCGGAUCUCAAGGGGUUUCUGAGGAACACCUACGCCGUCCAUGUCUGGAACAAAAAGAGCAAGGACUCCAGGCCGGAACCCGGGACUUUUUUGGAUCAACUGCAGUCACAGUGUUGUCCCACAGCUUACGGUCUCAUGAAAAUGUCUCUCUGAAAGAAGUGGGUCUCUUGUUAUGGGCUAAAGGGGCCCAGCCUGAAGGCCAGUUAGGGGGGGAUUUGGGGUGAGUGCUUAUUUGUG